AUGAGAGAGAUGAAAUGCACUUUUAACAAACCACCCAUAUAUCACUUACCUUGUUCUCAUGUUCUUGCCGUAUGUAUUAAACGACACUUAUCCUACGAGCGCUUUGUGGACUCCUGCUACAUGACCCAGAGCUAUGUCAACACAUACGAAUCCAUUUUCUUGCCUUUGAUUGAUAAGAGGUCAUGGCCUCAAUACACCGGUGUUGAGGUGAUACACGAUCCAGAUCAGAUUCGUGGACUAGGAAGACCUAAGUCUAGGAGGAUCACAAACGAAAUGGACAAAGGAUCGCGGAGACGCAACACUAGUCAACGGUGUGGUAGUGAUGGUCACAACACUAGAACUUGCACGUCAAGGGACAUGCCGUGUGCACCGAUUGACGCCAACUCGAAAGCUGGCAAGACAAAGUACACAGAUUAUUAG